AGGAGACUUUGCACCAAAUGCAAGCGACUAUGAUUCAGGUGACGCAACAGAUCUGGAAUUGUACGAUGCUUCCGACCAGGAUGGACCAAGCGAAGAGCAGCCAGACCCUUUGAGCUCUUGGGUGAAGGACAUCAUCAGAAAUGAAACAGCAAAGGAGUCAGAAAAAAUGGCCGAAAGCUUUUUUACAACCGACAAUCCAGAUUAUGCCGCCUGCGAAGCGUUCUUUCAUAGGCUCAAUCAGCUUAUCAGAGGCGCUAAUGAGCACCACAAUGUCGCAGAUAUUGAUGCUGGUACUAUUCCUGCAACCGGCUAUAAUGGCUUAUGCCAGACUUGGCAGGAAGCAGGCAAAAAAGCCAUUGCAGAUCAAUCUCCGGAGAACUUUUGGUCUGCCUUUAAUGAAACCCGCGAUGUUCUGAAAAUUUUCAACAAAAGGCAUCAUCUUCCACGAGCCUGGAAUAUCAGCAAGGAAUGGGCGGAGCAAUUGAUAGGAGCACCGAACCCGAGAGCUGAAACAGAAUCCGAUUCGAGUGACGACGGGCAAUCCACCUUGACUGGUCAGCCUGCAACGAGCGAAAGGCAGAGUGAAGACAUCGAUCUGACUUCCGAUGACAAUGACGGCACAGGCCUUGACGCCUUGGAAGCGAGAGCGAUGAAGCAGCAACGUCGACUGACAUCUGCAAAAGUCUUAUACUGGUGGCCUAAAGGCACCGGUUCUCAGAUAUUCGUGCGAUAUGGUGACAGGGCGACACCGAUUUACCGUAUCAGGGCGGGAUCUCAUGAGAGCUACAGUCGUCAUAUGGUCGAACAAGUCCUGUCCACAAAAACGCGCGGCAACGCCAAAGAAACUGGAGUUAAAAAUGGCAUUCCUGAGGAAUUCUGGAAAUACAGACGCAAAGACGUGGAGGAUAUCCUGGGAGUUGGUUGGAAGAUUGAAGAUGAUGAUGAGGAGGGCCUCAAUCCACUUAAUCUCCUACGGCCUGCAAAGGGUGUAUAUUAUCCACAAACACGCACGCUUGUGAAAUGGAAAGAUGGUGUGAUUACAUUAGAAGGACGUUCGUUCAUUCGUCGGAUCACAUCUGGCUCGGCUUUGGACGGCGAUCGAUUAAUUUAUCAGAAAGCCGAGGAGCUCGAGACGGCUUACCGCAAGAAAAAUGGGCUCGUCGACGACGACUACGAUGAAGCUGAAAGCGAAAUAGAAGUAAGUAAUGGAAGAAGAUAUCGGAGCGAGCCUGCACGCUACUAA